CGGCGGCGCCCUCGCGUGUCGCGCCUCACCAGUCAGCGUCUGCUCGCAACACACGAUACGAGUGUUGUUCUCUGCCACGACGAUUGUAAUGUUUUGUAUUGAAAACACAUCGCGGCUUUCGUGAUACGCAAAUAAAGCUUUUCGAAAUUGAAUUUAUUCAGCAGACAUUAAAAAAAAUUGCAUUACUAUUAUAUUUUGAGAAAACCGGCUUCGAACUUGACCUGUGAUUGUUUGUCCGAACUGUCAGUGCGCGUGUUGUGCUUUAUCGAUAACAUAACCUGUACGACUUCAAGGGCACACAGUGAUCCAUUGACGGUUACUGUUUUGAAUCCAUUACUGCAGGACUUUUCGAAAGAGUAUCCUAGUUGGUCUUGCUUGUAAUAUAUUUAAGUGGGCGUAUUCGAAAGUUUGAAAAUCGAUCGGGUGACGUGCGUGCGUGGGAUUGCGUUUACGUAAUCUUUGUUUACCUUGGGAAUAUGCACAGUGGUAAUUACUUCGUGUGAUUCUAGAAAUUUGAAAAAAUCCAUUAACUGACCAGGAACUUGCGGAAAGUGUCCAAUUCAGAGAUUAUGGGUAUUGGCUCAAUAGAGCGCAGAACUUAAAACAUAAUCUACAGAUCUUAUCCAGGUUUCUGGAAUGAUCCAAUCUAACAAACAACAAUACCGACCACCCGACCGAAUGAAUAGGUCUAGGGCGUGAGAUGGCACGCGCGGGCAUGCUGCAUAGGGGAGGAAAAAAUGGAGCAGAUGGGUGCGACGACGUACAGCGCUCCCUGGAGCUCCUGGACCAAGUGCUAAGCGAGUACGACGAGGGCGAGCCGCGGUCGCUGGAGGCGCGCGCGCCGAUCACCCCGGCCACCCCGGCCACGCCAGCCACGCCCGCCACGCCCGCUACCGACGACGACUCGCCACUCGCUGGACACACCUCUGAAGACGAUGGCUACAUGAGCAUGAACGGCAGAAGGACCAAGUUCGCGUUGGGUUUCCGACCGACAGAGGAGCGCGAGGAGCCUUCCCCGCCUGAUCCGCCGUCACCGCAUUCACCGCCUCCGCCUGAGGAGGCCCAGAGAAUAAUCUCGAAAUUGUUACCGAAGGUUUCACCAGCAAAUUCAGCAAAACGAACCUCUUCAAUUGAACAUCGUGAGGCGGAAGAAAAAUUAGAUUCUAUAAUCAGUAUCAAUGGAAUAACAACUGCCACCCAAACCACUUUUCCAAAAACAAAACACCAACGUCCAUACGGAUGGGAAAAAGACAACGACACAACGAAUGGUUUCCAUCUACAACAACCACCGGCACAAUCUUUCCGUUUUGCAUCUCUACAGCACGGAGCCAGGCCACCACCACCCGACGGACUCCCCACCUGGCUACCUCCACGACACAAUGCAGCCCCAACUAAUCAGAAAAAAUCACCCAGUCUCGAAAAUGCCCCAGUCUUUCCCUUCAUGGGAUUCUCGAGUGAAUUCAACGACAAGCCAUACAAUGAACACCCAGUUACAAUCUAUCCAGGUCCAAAUAAACAAUACACUAAGCAACUACAUUCACCUACAUAUAACAUACCGAAAUUAUCACCCUCGAAUUCAAGGAGCUCAGACAAGAAAAAUGCGAAACGUGACAAUAGGUCCGAUGGUGAAAUGCUGUCACCCAAAACAAAAAUACCUCCCCGUACUCUCGCCGGUUCUAUGGAAAGGCAUAGAGAAGUGUGUAGAGGAUCCUCGGAGGAUGUGACGGAGGGAGGCAAGAUGAGAGGUUCGAGUAGAAGCAACGACGACGAGCACUUUUCGGAUGAUUCGCUAGAAGAAGCGUUCCCGCCGCCGCCGCCCGCAGUUACUACGCCUUCGAAGCGCAAUUCCAUAGCUUGGGAAGUGUCACUCGAUGGUGAUGAUCCUCUGUUAACCCCUGGAAGCACUAAGGUGAUUGGAAGAAGAAGAAGAAAAUCUGGUGACCACUCACAUUCGAGUACAAGUUCAAUACCGCAACGGGUAGAAGACGACUGGGGCGAUGAAUACUGGCCGCCGCCGCCGCCACUUACUCAGUGUGAACCUCUUGCAUCUCCUAUUACUGACGGGGAUAAUGAUAGUAGAAGCCAAGAUCUCGCCUCUGGUACAUACGUCAUACGCAAGGGCAAAAGUCGAAAACAGCUCCCGAGCUUCAACAAAAAUGGACACAAAUCAAUAACCACAAGCAAUCUUAUACAUAGUCAUAGUUUGAAUAGAAGUUUGGACACCGACAAAUCAAUUGAUGGUUCGAGCAUAUCUAUCAGUGGCUCUGGCUCCGUCGGGUCCUAUAAUUCUAGACCUAGUUCAGAUUUAAGCUUACCACAAUCCCGUUACAGUGUAGAUUUAAAUUCAAGGUUAAGUCGAGAGCUCAAUACACCCAAUUCUAGAUAUAGCAUAGAUCUCUGUACCCCAAAUUCUAGACUGAGCAAAGAAUUGACCUCACCUAAAUCGAGACUUAGUUUAGAUCUCAAUAAUGGCCCCGAUAGAUACAUAACGCAAGAAUAUUUUGGUCAUAGUCCUAAAAGUAGAAAAAUACCUAAUGAUAAGAGUACUCAUUCGUCGAAAACUAACGUGAUUCAAAAUAAAUUAUCACCGCAGAAUAGAUUUACUGAUUUCAAAAAAUAUUCGUCGACAUUUGACAAUAUCCAAUCAUUGAUAAAAGAAGGCAAAAUCGAGGAAACCACGCAAUCGGAAUGUAAUGAAACCGUAAACGAAUUGACAACGAUGCCACCGAAUAUGGUAAGAGUGGUGUCACUACCGAGUCUCGGGGUUGAUGCUGAGAGUAACAACACCAGCCGCCAGGCUCUUAUCACCACGGUCGAGGAGGAGGAAGACCAGGAAAGUGCUGAGCCUGAGUCUAGCGGUGAAACUUCGCCAUUACGAAAAAUCGAAAACAAUAUUAGCGCUAUACUAAGUCAAGGUCGGGACCAAAAACAUUUUACACCGUACAUACCUAAAGACUGGAAUAUUCAUAAGGAUGAAUACUGUGAUGAUGUAUCUAAAGAUAUAUUAGAAAACAAUUUCCGUUAUAGUUCUAGAGAGAGACAAAAAAGACAUGAUAUACAGAAGUCAUCGAGUCACAAUGAAAUACAGAACAGGUCGAUAGAUCGUAGGGAUCGAUCUUCAGGCAGACGAUCAAACAGUAUGCAUAAGUCGACGAGUGCCAAGGACGUGCCAGUUAGUUUAAUGAGACAGCCAUCUUCUUCAGAUUCUGCUGUAUCGAGUGGUGGUGAUUUCCCUUUGAAUGUCCAGAUUGUGGAGCAUUCAUACCGACAUAACCCGUUACCUCCGUCUCCGAAUUUAGGGCACGAUAUGGGCCCCCUGCCGCAGACCCCAGAAUCACCUAAAUUCCCUCCACUACCACCUUCUCCUGUACAAGAAGUUGAAGAUGAAUAUACAGAAAUAAUGCAGCCGACAGAAAAGAGACAUCCGAAAAAAGCUGACACAUUACCGACGCCUACAAUGGAAAUAAGAAGAAGGCCUUCGGAACCCCCCGCAGUGCCGCCGCACCGCGACACAACAAACAGUCUCAAGACGAGAUCCAUGGAAACCAGUUUUAAUAAGAACAGAAGGAACAGCAAUUUCAAAACUGGUUCUACAGACAGAAGAACUUUGCCUACAGAUAUAGGGGCGAGUGGUGCCCGCCGACGCACUCUUCAGCGCCAAAGCAGGGACGCCGUGGCAGCUGGACGUGGGCCUCUACAGACUUCUGCCAGCCUGCCCGAGACCCCAGUGUUCGCUCGCGGCUGUGACGUCCCGAGGACCCCACCCAGAAACUCCACGGGACCCCCGCGGAAUAACACUAUGAAUUCAAUACAGUCAAUAGGCAGCAGUGCGACUCUGGGUGGCUACGGUCGAGGAUCUGUCAUGGGCACUGGCGUGUGUACCGGGGCUGAUCUGCUGCGUCUUGGAGGACCGCCAAGGGGCUGGUAUCCACGGCAGAGGCAUCGGCCUGCAUCAAUCGAGCACCUAGACCGCCUAACAGCCUCAAAGACUGCAGCAGAACACCCCCAGUCGUGGGAGACCCCUGGAGCCCGCAAACCUCUCACACUGCCACCAAACUUAACGCCUAAGUUCUUCCAGAAGUCACCAAGAGAGGCGCUCCGCAGAGUCACAAGCUUACUAAUACGGAAAGGGAACAAUGGGAAGGAGAAAGAAAACGCCCGAAGCAAGGAGGCCACUUCUCCAGCGGCUCGCUCUGCCAACGGCGAGGAGCAUCCCGGACAGAAGCAACGCAAAGGAUUCUUCAGAAGCCUGUGGAAAAAAUCUCGUCACUAUUCGUUGGAACAUCCUUGAUUAAAUAAACAAAAUGCUUUUGACUCGACGGUGUGACAUUCAGUCAAGUAUCUCGAGUUGAGAUUAACUUUUGAGCUGCUUAAGCACUGGUCAGUGCACUGGCCUCACUGCUAAGCUCUGAUCCGUGCUCGCCCGACCGGCCACGUUUUUAUUUUGAGUAUUAAAUGCAUAAGUUUGGAAAUACUCCUUUCUCGCUCCAAUUAAUUUCCCACGGCAGAUGCGUGUGUAAAUCGGAUCGCGGGGGUUCGGCAGCUCAGAGGUUAAAGAUUUGUAAUACUUCUAUUAACAUUGGGGCAAAUGAAAUCCACAUGUGUAUAAACUUCCACAACUUUAACGACACGAAUGUACGAAGUAUGCAAACUACCAAUUUUUCGAUUUAUAAAUGACAGUAAGUAUUGAAUAUGGGUGGGUAAUGACGAAACUGCCAAGAAUAAUUAAACGCCUGCAUACUUCCAGUAUUGCUUGCAUAAUCCAGGAAAUUUAUGUACCCAUGUAUAAUUAUAAAUUUUGUGGAAGUCGUAUGUUUAAGUUAAAUCGAUUGUAUAGUAAGUAUUGUUAUUUUAUCUAAUCAAUGAUUAAUUAUAUCAGUGCAUAAUUUAUUUAAGAUAUGUGUAUUACAACAGUAACCCUUCCUUUUUGAAAAUAGAGUGUAGAAAAUGUAGAUAACCACGUAGCAAUCGGACACAUCCAUAAGUAUAUCUUCCUAAUUAUUAUUGUAUCAAGUUUUCGGGGAUAUAGUAUGUACCAAAAACAUAGUACCUUUCAUGAAAUUGCAAUAAUUAUGUAACUAUUUUAAAAUUAUUUUUUAAUACGGCAUAGAAUUAGGUAUUAUGGAAUUUCGCCCUCAUAUGUCGUAGUUUAAAGAACCAACUUGAUAGGCUAUUGCUACAAGUUUUAACAUUUUAUACCAAUCCUUAUAUUCGAGUGUACUUAAUUCUUACUAUUGUAGAUUUUGUCAAAAGAAAAUAAAUUAUGUUCAAUAGCAAUAACAAAUUGAAAUCUUUUAUUUACCGCCAACUAGCGGCCCAGCCUAUAAGUAUAAAAGGAACGGAACAGAAAAACAAGUCCUUAUAAUACAAAUCAUUUUAUUAUUAGAUAGACACAGUUCCCAUCGCUUAUCAGAAACAAUGUACAAAGCUAUAGUAGUAAUAUCAAAAUAUAAACAAUAUGCACCCUUCGUUUACUGCAAGCCUUGUUUGAGGAUACAGGGUAAUUGAGCGCUUCUAAUUACUGCAGCUAAGAGUUAUAAAUAACAGAAUGCAAAUGUUUAUUUACUACACGAUAUUUUAAAUGCGACACAACAUAAAAGAGAAAGCAUAGCAGAAUACGCAACGGCGGGUGCACUAGGGCCGUGGCCAUGCCCGCGGCAGGCGCCGAGGCCGCAGUGCCCUGCACCGCGCCCUUGCCACAUUGACGUAUUGAAUAUUAUUCACACGAUGGUUCCAGUGGGGACUAGAGAUUUUCAAUUAAAUGUAAUACUUGGGUUACAGUGUCUUUCAUUCGUAACAAGCCCUUACACAAAUGCUUAUUUGUAAAUAAGAUAAUAUAUAUAUAUAUAUAAUAUAUAGUGUUGUAAUAAUAUUGUUACAGUAAUUUCAUUACGCGGUUAUUAUACUUUCUUGUCAGGCAUCUAUACACGGGCAUGUUGUCUUAGCGUUGUGGUAGACGAUUUUCGAGAAUAGGAUUCGACGACAACUUAUUCUUAAAAUUAUCUGUUAUUCAGCAAGUGUUAGGAUGCUUGAAAAGAAAACCUAAAAAAUCUCUAUACAUCAUGCUUUGAGACCUGCUUGCAAAGCUGAAUUAUGCUUUACUGGUCGACAAGCAAUUUAAAAAAUACAAUUUUCAUAGUUUACAGUAUCAAUUACUCUGUGGAAACGGUGAGCGUAUAAAAAUAGUCCAGAAUCCGCAAAGUAAUCGCUUUUGCAAACUGAUACUAAACGCAUCUUGACGCCAUAAUUCAUCAAAUAUCAAAUCAAACGACCGGUCCUUAUCGAUUUAUAGAAUAUACAAAAUGCAGUUACUUAUU